AAUAAGGGUUCGGGCGGUACGACCAGCACAACACCCACACCCACCUCCUCGUCCACCAACAGCGCGCCCGACGAUCACGAACAGAGCAUUAUUUGUGUCAAUUAUGUCUUAAGUGCUAUCGAGUUCAACGAUGUAGUGAUGGACACGAGUCAACUGAACGGAGGUCUGGUGGCCAUCACUCCGCCCACACCUCCCGUAAUCUCAUCGCUCAACAAACGAAACAAUCACUCAAUUAAGAGGUCUCUAUCUUCGACGCCGUCGCCUGAGUCGUCGUCGACGGCCACAACUCACCCGAACUCCCAGUUAAGUCAUUCCCAACAGACGAGUGUUGACCACAACUCGCGUCCGCAACACGUCUCGCACAUUAGUCCCGCGCCUCCGCCGCCGCCACCGGCGCCGCAACCGGUGGUCGCAGUGACGCAAACCAAUGGCUCGACCGGCAGUUCUCCCGUCGACGCGAUCGCCAGCGAAAGUGCCAAAAGACGGCGAUUCAACUCUAGUCCAGUGCGGCCGUGGAAGUCGCCCUCUCCUCCCCCUCCCAAUGUGUGUCAGGGCGUUAUCGGCGCCGAAUCAGCCAACUCGGCCUCCAGUCUCUUACGGCAUAUAAGUGUCAUCAGAGAGACGCCUCCCAUAUUGAAGCCCCAGGUGGUGGCGCCAGCAUAUCAUCCACACCACGCACACCAUUACCACCAUUUGGUAGACCCGUAUGCGGCCGCCUAUCAUCUCUAUAAGAAUGGCAGCGGAGGGCCGCCGAUGACAGCACAACCCGCACCUCCCGUCCCCUCCUCUGCGGCACACCAUCAUUGGGGGGCUUAUAAUUAAUAUAACCUUUUCCCCUAUUUUCACAUUUACUCCUUCUCUCUCUC